AGUAAAUCAAUUGGUUUAUGUAAGUCCGCGGCCGAGGAAUUGGAUACCGGAUUGUGGUAGCGGUCAUUUUAAGCUUUGGCGUUGCGAUGGAUGACUCUCACAACUUUUUACUGGACUAGUUUAGCUGUCAAAGAUGAUGAAUAUUCCUAAAAAAGUCAAUAUAAUUGUACAGCGUGGGGAGAAUUUGGAAUACACUUCGUCACUUAAAAAAGCCUCUAAAAGUCGUCGAUGGCGCGUUAUAUUUUUGGGUGGAGCGGUUAAAUUAGCCUCAGAGUAUGUUGAUGCAGAAGAUGGUCGUCCAAUAUGGGAUUGUGAAGUAACAUUAGAUUUGAUUAGUCCAUCAGAUCCAGUUACUUUACUUGUUGUCGAUGGAGAUAAUCAUCAUAUCGGUCAAGUUGAUAUCCCCUUAAAUCAAGUUCCCCAAACUGGCAAUCCAAAUUUCGACUUAUCACGGUUAUGUUAUUCUGAUUUAAAAGCGAAGCGAAAAAGUUCUAAUGCACAUGGACGUUUAGUUUAUUGGAUUUGGGCUAUUGACUAUUGGCCUCCAGGAACUCAAGCUAAUACUGUACACCAUUCUAAAUCAUUACGUGGUUCACUUACAAAUCUUAGUUCGAAAAUACGUUCAAAAUCUAAGCAUAGAUCCAAAAAUGAUAAUGAUUACACUAAUGGUUAUCAAAAAAGGGAAAUUAAUGGUUCAUCUACUACUUUACAAGUACCCGGUAUGUCAUAUAAUCCAUUUGAAAAUGAUGGUACUGUAAGUGAAUUCAGUGGACCAAUGGGUUUACCACCAAUGUAUCAAUCACAUUCAAAUAGUCCAUAUGCUCAAUCAGAAUUUGGUGGAUCACUUGCAGGCAGUAUAAAAUCAUCUAAACAAAAAAAUAUGCUGAAGAAAUUUAAAUCGAAACUUUCUCAUAGUACACUUAAUUUGGCUGAAGCAGCAGCUAAAAAAGCUGCUGGAAAAGAUCCUUACUUUCAAAGUCUUGAAAAAGGAUCAAAAUCAAAUUUAAGAGGAAGUCAAUCAUCUAUUGGCGGGACAUCUUAUCGAGAUUCAUUAUAUACGCGUUCUAGCGUUGUGAGCAGUAGUAAUACCAACACCAACUACCGAUACAACACUAACAGCCGUUUGGUUCCAUCGGCUAUCAUCCCAUCUAAAUCCAUAGAAUCCCCGGCUCAUAAAUUGUCCUCAACUUCUCAAUUAGAUAUUUCUACUCGUCUAGUCAGUGAUAAUGGUGGUGGUUACCCAUCACAAAGUUUGUAUCCUCGUCAAGAUUCAGGUAAAUCAAGGAUAUCAGCCAGUUCAUAUUUAGAUGAGCAAGGUGUUGCAACACCUAUUCAACAGCGAACUGAUGGAGUUGGUGAAGUUUCAGCUGCACCCUUUGAGUCACCUGGUAGUUUUCAUACUUCAGCAUUCGGUGCUCAACCUGAUGAUCGACCUAGUAAACCUAUUGAAGAUAUGACAAAGCGUGAAACAGCUGAAUAUGUGACACAUUUACUAAAAUCGUUACAAACUGCUCGAACAGAGAUUACUCGUUUACAAAUAGAAAAUGAUCGAUUGACUGGUCAUUCACAUGAAUCUGAACGAGAAUUAAAUGAAGUUCGUAUGACUUUGGCAACAUUACGCAAUCGUCUAUUAGAAGACAAUCUUACACAAUAUCUUGAAUUGCCUCGUGAAACCAAUGGUUACAUGGGUAUUGGAAGUAGCAGAGUCGAUAGUGUUAUUGGUCUUAGUGCGCGUAAUAAUACUGGUAUGAUGAACAAUGCCAAUCCAUUUGACAAUGUACGACGUGAAAGUACUAUUGAACCCCAAUCAUUUUUGUCGAAAAUCUCCUCUCUAGGAAUGAAUGCUCGUUUAGGAAAUAUCAUUCCUCCGACAAAUAAUCAAUUACAAACAAAUGGAAACAGUGCUAAUUUUGGUGGGGGAGGAUGGUGGUAAACAACUAAUCCAUAGAAAAAUAAAUAAUAAUUUGAAUGAAUUGGAUUAUUACACUCCCCGAGCUCUACUUUGAUUUUGUUUUAGAUAAUUGAAUCACCUUGACCUUGUAAUGAAAAAUACUUUUGUGUGUGUUUGUAUGUGCUUGAAUGAUCCUAUUUGCUCAUUUGUAUGAUUAUUUUCUCUAUUUAUUAUUGUUUUCUUGACGUAAGCGGAGGUGAUUUUGUACUUAGGUCUAUAUGUAUAUGCUGUACGCAAAGUAAAAAAAACAUUUCAGGUUGAAAUGUCUUUCAACAUUAUUACUAUUAUUGUUACUAAUUACUAUUAUUAUUAUUAUUGUUAUCAUUAUUAUUAUUAUUCUGCUUCCAAAUAUUACUAUGUUUAUUUUAUUUAAACAAUAUCGAGGCUAUAGAUGUGACAAAAAACAUAUGAACACAGACAAGCGCAUUGAUUAACACAUAUCCAUUCACUAUUGUUCAACAGCUUUGGUGAAAUACAGUAAUUAUUUUAAAUGGUAAAUCCACACUUUAGCGCAUCUACUAAAUACAAGUUCAGAGGUUAUUAUCCAUUGUACCAUAUUAAUGAAAUAAAUUUUUGUGUUUUUUUAAAUAAAAAAAUUCUUAUCUACAGAAGAUCUGUGAUAUUCAAUUGUUUUUGUUUCUAUUCCUAACUAGAACAAUAUUUAAUUGCUCAAUGAUCAAUAGAAUGUUGCCAUCAUUCCUUCUAGAUAAACAUUUUUCAUUUACACUUAUUCACAUUAUCCUGUAUUCUCAUAUCAAUAAUAAUAAUAAUAAUAAUAAU